AUGGCAUCCGUGACAAAGUCCCUCGGUUUCGGCGUCACAGCCUCGACAACCUACGAACUCUCCCCUUACGCCCUUGCCCGGAAAUUCUCAACGCUCGACCAUCUCACCCAAGGCCGAAUCGGAUGGAAUAUCGUGACCUCCUUUCUUGACAGUGCCGCAAAGGCGUACGGCCUCGACGAACAGAUCCCGCAUGACGAACGAUAUACGCGUGCAGAUGAGUAUAUGGAACUUACUUAUAAGCUGUGGGAGGGGACAUGGCAGGAUGGAGCUGUCAAGAAGGAUCCGGAGACAAAGGUCUAUAGCGAUCCGUCGCAGGUGAGGGGGAUUGAGCAUAAGGGGAAGUACUUCAAGAGCACCGCGGCGAACCAGCUUCCUCCGUCUAAGCAACGAACACCACUUCUUUUUCAGGCCGGUGCAUCGUCAGCAGGAAAGAAAUUUGCCGCCAGCCACUCCGAAGUGAUGUUUCUCCCUGGCCUUGAGCCCGAAAAAACACGCCUAAUCGUCGACGACAUGAGGAAACAAUUGGUAGACGUCGGUCGCGCCCCCAAUAGCAUAAAAUUCGUUGCCGGCAUGCUCAUCGUUGUCGACGAAACCGACGAAAAAGCGCAGGCCAAAUACGAGGAAUACCUCUCGUACGCCGACUUUGAGGGUACCGCCACUCUCUUCGGCGGAUGGACAGGCGCCGACUUGUCCAAAUACGAGGACGAUGAAGAUUUCGCGUUUACGUCCGUUGCCGGUAUACAGUCGUUGAUUCAGAGUUGGUCCAAGACCAUACCAAACUCGAACGGACUCAAAUGGACAAAAAGACGGAUACUGCAGGAAUUAAGUCUGGGGGGUGUGCAUCCGAGAGCAAUCGGGUCGCCGAGUACGGUCGCAGACAUAUUGCAGAAAUGGGUUGAUGUUGGGGAUGUGGAUGGGUUUAAUUUUUCGUAUGCUAUUUCUCCCGGCACUUUUGAGGAUAUGAUUGAGUUCUUGUGGCCGGAGUUGAGGAGGAGAGGGGUUAUAUGGGAUGAGUAUCAGGUCCCGGGUGGUGCGGCGAGGGAGAAUUAUUUCUUGGAUGGCAAGGGGCCGAGGGUUCGUGAGGGCCAUCCUGCGAGGAACUUUAGAUGGGAGUAG